UCCAUUUUCAUUGAAGAUCACAUGUUGUAUGACAAUCCCUAGUGUUGCAAACUAAAAUUCUAAUGUAAUUUUUUGUAUUUUUUCCUUUUUUCUCUUUCCGUUGUAGUUAUGUGAACGUGUGUAUCAUCUUUUGAAGUUCUAAUUCAAAAGAAAAACUCGAGCGGAACCCGGAACAAAAGCUAAACGAAGGGGACCAUUUAGUUAGUGACACCGUUGCCGGGCAAAUGCCUCUUUCUGUGUUUUAUAGAAUUUCCGAACCUUUAAUCGUUAAUGUGAGAUUGACCGUCAGCUGGAUAAACGUACAUGUUGGAUGUAAGAGGUAAUAAGAGGCCAACGACGGACAGCGAACACACAGAUGAAGAAACAGAACCGUUUUCCAAUAAUUCUCCUGUUUUAUUUGAUCUUUGCUGGCGAUGGAGAGACUCGAGCCUCGAUACCGGAGCGUUUUAGUAAAGACUCUCGCCGCUGACGGCGCCGUGGAUCAUCAUCCGUGACCAGGAAUUCUCCUGCUCCAGGGGUUCGAGUGUCCGUUUGUGAGGAGCGGUUCUUCUUCCUGUUCCUCAGAGAGGGACAGGAUGGAUGCGCGGCACAGGGCGGGGGUGUUCUACAGGGCCAUGCCUGCUGUUGGUGCAGACGGGAAAAGCAUCAUGAAGCUCAUCCCAGUCCAGGUGGCCAAAAGGCGCUUCAACCAAACCCUGCAGGGCCGGCCCCCGUCAGACCUGCAGGAAUCCCCCACCGUGGCUCCUUCUGCUGCUUCACUGCUGCAGAAAUCUGGGGGGGCAGUAAACCCCAGGAUGCCCGGAGCGCUCCCGCUGCAGCUUCCAGUGACUGUGGAGUCCCCCGCCCUCCCUCGAGGUCAGUGCCUGCAGAUCCCCCCCCAUGCUCAGGUGCAGAGAGUCCCUGCAUCCCACCUCCCACCAGAAGUCAAGGAGCAGAUCUUUGCUUCGUUGUCCAGCUCUGGCUUGGCCAGCGUUGUGUAUGUGUCCCCCAUCACCACCGUGGAUCAACGCCCCCCAGGGCCCCCCAGACCAUUUUCCACGGGGUUGCCUCCACUGAAGCCACAUUUAAAACUGAUUCCAAAGGUCUCACAGAGGCCCAGCAGCCCCACCCGAUGGGUCAUUGAAGAGGUUGACUCCCCCCCCGCACAGAACCCUAAAUCCUCCCCUCCCCCGGGGGGGCACCAGCACAUUCAGGAAGACGCGCUGGUGGUCUGCAACGGGAAGGUGUUCUUCGUGGGCCUGAAAAGCAGCUCAGCUGUGAAGACCCCCCCAGAAACCAGCAAGUCCAACAGCCCCCCAAACUGUCAGUUGGCUAAGUGCAGACCUCCCCCCCAGCCAGGAGAGGUGAUUGAUCUAUGUGAGGAUGAGGACCCCGAUGCUGCAGACCCCUCCCAUGAUGAAGACAACGUCAUCUUCGUGUCGUACACUCAUCCCCGCAGCCAGCCUGGUUCAGCCGGAGACCCGACAUCAGAGAAAGAGGGCGGGGGCCGCCUCAGCCCCUGCCGUGUUUCCUCUUCAGGGGGUGGGCGGAGCUUCUCGGUUAGAGACGUUGACAUCAUCUGUUCUUCAGAGGUGACACAUGGGGAUCAGAGGGCCCAGGACCCUCUUUCAGGGGCGGGACCUCCUGCAGAGAAAGAACAGCCGUGUGAAGAUCCAGCCUCCAGGGGGACUCGGGUUCUGGGGCCCAGGGAGAGCGAGCGUCAGCUCCGGAGGAGGUUUGGGAUCCACGCAGAGCUGAGGGUCUGCCUGCAGAAAGUCCACGCAGCUGCAGCACACUUGAAGAGCGAAGAGCCAACAAACCGCCAAAGCCAGGUGGACCCGCCCCAUCUGAACCUUCACAGUCCAAGAGAGGAAGACGGUGCUGCCCCCCUAAAGGAGACCUCGUCCGCUGGGGAGAGCCGCUGCCUGCUCUCAGGAAGCUGCUGCCCUGAAUCCCAGUCUGUGAUUGGCUAUGUGGAGCCCAUAGACGAGGACCUCCCCGAAGUCCCCCCACCCUCCCAGGCUUGUGUGGCUGUCAGCAGGAGGAUUGGGCGGACCAGGAAGCGCACCACAUGUCCUUGUUGCAUCCCUGUGGCCCUGCUGCCUCGUGGGAAGUCUUGCCUAGAAGAGGGUGAGGGGGGGCACCCACAGCAACACAAAUAAGGGCUCCAACAAGAGAUGGAAGAAGCUUAUGAGGAUCAGCUGUGUGACAGCAAGCUGAGCACGUGGGAGUGGUUGAGUGUGUUGUUACCUGAAGACGGAUUCCUCCUCUUCCUUGUUUUCUUUACAACUUUAUUUUUCCAAAGAGAUCAGGCUUUCUUUGAGAAAAUCCAGGACCGCUGACUCACUGUUCUUCAAAUGUUUCCAUCCAAACUUCAGCACCAACACAAACCUUUACUUACCUUUGACUGACCCCCCUCCCCCCAAGCAGCACAGAAGAGUGUGCAUGAGAGCGUGCACGUCAGGGUAGAAGGUCGCCUUGCCGCGUUGCAGAAGAUGACCCACUACGUUACAAAACCGAGUCCAUCCUGCCCCCCCAGAAGACCCAAACCCCCACCUACUGACCAGGCUCCGUAAGUGAACCUUCGGCAUGUUUUGGGUGAAGGCAGAAUCUGUCAAAGCAGACCAGCAGAGGAUGAAAAAGAACGUGUUGGUUUAUGAACAUGUGUGUGUUUCAACAACAUGGUCUGCUCAGCAGCUGGACUACGACCCGUCAUCUUCUGACCCGUCAUGUUCCAGCUUCUGUUCUAGUUCUGAAAUGCCUCGGUGUGGAUGGGUCGACCCGCAGUCUUUAUUCUGUUUCCUGAAGGCUGUUUUCUUUAGAUUUAUCACUUUUGUUGCUCCAGACCAGAAGACUUGUAACCUCCAUGUUUUUCACCACUUUAAUAAAUACGUUCCAUCAAAUAUGA